AUGGAGGGCAGUUCUAUACUCCAUGCUUUUAAUAAUAUUUAUUUUGCAAUCUUUGCUUUGUUUUGUUUCAAACUUUUAAUUAAGAUUUCCUUGGCUCUGCUGACCCAUUUCUAUAUUGUUAAAGGCAACAGAAAAGAAGCUGCCAGGAUAGCAGAAGAGAUCUAUGGAAUAGUACCAGGCUCAUGGGCGGAUCGAUCACCUCUUCAUGAAGCUGCAUUCCAAGGGCGCCUCUUAUCUUUGAAAACCUUGAUUGCACAGGGAUUCAAUGUGAACCUUGUGACAAUAGACCGAGUUUCUGCUCUCCAUGAGGCCUGCCUUGGUGGCCAUGUUGCUUGUGCAAAAGUUUUACUGGAGAAUGGCGCUCGAGUCAAUGCAGUCACUGUUGAUGGGAUCACUCCUCUAUUUAAUGCCUGCUGCAGUGGCAGUGCGGCUUGUGUCAACAUGCUGCUUGAAUUUGGAGCCAAGGCACAGCUAGGGAAUCAUCUUGCUUCACCCAUUCAUGAAGCAGUAAAGAGAGGUCACAGAGAGUGUAUGGAAAUUCUGUUGGCUAAUGAUGUUGAUAUUGACCAAGACGAUUCUCAGCAUGGAACACCACUCUACAUGGCCUGCACGUAUCAAAGGAUAGACUGUGUCAAGAAGCUUCUAGAAUUAGGAGCCAAUGUUGACUUGGGUAAAGGAUUGGACACCCCACUUCAUGCUGCAGCUAGGAAAUCCAGUGCAGACGUUAUUAACUUGUUAACGGAUUAUGGUGCUAGCUUGAAGUGCAGGAAUGCUGAAUUCAAAUGUGCCCUUGAACUUGCAGCCCCCAAUAGCAAAGUGGAACAGGCACUUUUGCUUCGGGAAGGUCCUGCCAGCCUUGCCCAGCUGUGUCGGCUGUGUAUCAGAAAAUGUCUGGGCCGAUCGUGUCUUUAUGCAGUGCAAAGACUUCUACUUCCUAAACCACUUGAAACAUUUAUUUUAUAUCGGUAACUCUAUGACUGUCUACAGGCUGAUUUUAAACAGGAGGAAUGCAUGGUUGUUUUACCCUGAACAAGCCAUGAUGAAAACAAAGACAUCACUUACUGUUUACUAAAGGUCCCAAACCACUAGCUGUUGAUAUAACAAUACUUCCCUUCAUACUCCUAUAUGUUGAUGCCCAUCAAGACAUUUUUCUGUAGCACAUUAGAUGAUACCAUAGAAAUGGCACCUUCAUACCUUGGUGGUAAAUCCUACUUGCAGAGGUGUAACAGGGAAGCUCUGUGCCCUGGGCAGCCUCAGUACAUGAAGUAGUGUGGCUCCUGUUGCACCAAAUGGUGGCAGGAUAGCCAGCUGUUGCUUUAGCAGCAGCAGCUAUGUUUGAACCCAUUCCCUCCCACCCCAGUUAUACUACUGUCUAAUGAUGUUGUUUUACAGAUUUGAAAUAUACAAAUGGCUGAUUUUCUAGGGAGAUGUGUGUGUUGAUACACAUACGCCUUCUGCCUUAAAUGUAGUCCAGUUAAAUCAGCCUACCCACCUCUCAUGUUUCAUGGUCAGCAAAAGUAUGCAUGGGUUUCAAGCUCUUGGGAGUUCAUUAAAAUCUCACUGUAAAAUGGCAGAAGGGCAGAGGUGUCCAUUCAGAUUGGGUGUUUGUCCCCUAUGCUUUCUACUUGUUGGAUGUUGGUGACAGCUGGGGGAUUUGUAAGCUCUUUUUUACCUAGGAUGUAAUUACCUUGUGGAACUCUUUUUGCCACAAGGUGUUGCAGAGGUUGAUUCAUUCACCUACGCCCAAAAGAGGAUCAGACAAAUUCAUACAAGAUUAGGAAUAAUAGGAUCAUAGGAAAGUAGAGCUGGAGAAGACUUCAAAGGUC